CUGCCCCGCCCCUGUCACUCCUCCUGGGGGCCUCGGGUCCUCGUCCUCCCCUCUGGGCUCCUCACGUCGGUCGUACAGGCGCCCCACUGUCCCCCGACCCCCCCAGCGCUCCCCUCGGCUCCAGAUGUCCCCCUUCGUGCCGCGUGUUCUCCCCUCAUCCGACGGUUCCUCGGCCCCCGGGACGCCCCAUUCUCCCUCCCUCUCCUAUCCCUCCCCCCCACCGUGUCCCCGUUCUCCUCUAACUCUGCGGACACCCCCCCAUUUUCCCACUUUUCCUUAUUUCCCUCCACAUUCUCCCCCUAUCUCCCUCCACUUGGCGAGGCCUGUGCAGCUAUUAGGCUCCACUGAAUACCUUCCCUGGGGACUCGGGGGACCCUCCGAACCCGUCGGCGCCCGGGGGACCCCGAACCUCACCCCCCGGACAGUGCCCGGGUGGACCUCCUGAAUCCCCGGCCGGGCAGUGCACCGUGGGACCCCGUCCCCGUCCCCUGGCCCUGCCAGUGGGGGACCCUGAGUCGCGCUCCCACUCGUGCUGGGGGGGAACCCCGUGCCCCAUCCCCCACCGGUGCCCGGGGGACCCCGAGCCCCGCCCGCCAGCGCCCUGCGCCCUCCCUCUGCCCGCAGCGCCGGCGCCCCCCAUGCGCCAGGCGGCCGGUCGGCGGCGUCGGGGGGCGCCAUGGCCUCGGCGGCGGCGGUGACGGCGGCGGCGGACGCGGAGGAGACCACCCGGCUGCGCAAGCCCCGCUUCUCCUUCGAGGAGAACCAGAUCCUGAUCCGCGAGGUGCGCGCCCACUACCCGCAGCUGUACGGCGCGCAGAGCCGUCGGGUGAGCGUGGCCGAGCGGCGGCGCGUGUGGGAAGGCAUCGCCGCCAAGAUCAACGGCAUCACCAGCUGGAAGCGCACGGGCCAGGAGGUGCAGAAGCGCUGGAACGACUUCAAGCGCCGCACCAAGGAGAAGCUGGCCCGUGUGCCGCACUCCACGCAGGGCGCGGGGGGCCCCGCUGCCACCGCCGAGGACGCUUUCUCCGCCGAGGAGGAGACCAUCUUUGCCAUCCUGGGGCCAGGGGUGACCGGGGCUGGGGCGGACGACCUCCCUGCCCCAGCCGCUCCCACCCCACGCUCAGGGUUGGAGGACCGCAGGGCAGAUACACCAGCUCACAGCAAGAGGGACUCCAACAGCCCAGAACCUGGGGUGCGACCCUCCUGCCAUGCCCAGGAAGGGGGCUGUGCCAGGUCCAAGGAGCGUGAGUCCCCACCCCCUCCGGCCCUGCAGACUGUCCAGCUGCCCCGCCUGGCCUUGUCGCCACCGCCCUCUGGCCCUCCAGCCCCACCCCUAUCACUGGCUCAAGCAGCUCCCUCCUCCCCCAGCCCUCCACCCCCUCCUGCUCGGCCCCCUAUGACUCCCUCAGCCCCGGAGCCCUCCCUGGACUUCCUGCGGGCUCAGCAGGAGACAGCCAACGCCAUCCGGGAGCUGGCCGGCACCCUUCGGCAGGGACUGGCCAAACUGAGCGAGGCCCUCAGUGCCCUGCUACCCCUUCUUCCGGGAACCCCAGUUGACCCACUGCCUGCACCCCUACCCCCACCUCCGAAGCCUGCCCCACCCCCGCCUGCCCCCAAAGUAGAAGUCACCCCAGAGCCUGUGUCCCUGGUGGCGACCGUGGUGGAUGGGCCUGCGGUGACAUCCAGGGGGGUGAUCAUCGCCCCUAGGAGCGAGGAAGGGGCACCUUGGCCACCCCCAGCUCCACUCCCACCCCAAGACUCACCCCCACACAAGAGGAGGAAAGGUUUCCCCACGCGGAAGAGGCGGGGCCGAUGGAAAUCUCCGUGAAAAUGCGUCUGCGCUUCUGCCUGCACCCCUCUCCCAGCUUGGCGCAGUCGAGGGGGGACGAUGCCCCGCCCCCAUCCCAGCUGCACCCUGGCCCCCUGCUCCGAGGGAGUGAGCACCCCACUCCCUGUGCUAGUUAGUGCCUGAUUCUCUGGGGAGGCCCCUUGAUGGGGCCCCCCCAGCCCCUUUCUCUCUGGUACAGUGCUGGCUGCUUCUCUUAUCCCCGACUUCAAAGCCAUCAAUUUCAUGUUAUUUAUUAUAGCGCCCAUUGCGGGGUGAGGAGGGGACCCCUCGGGUCUGCACACCCCCCUUUCCCUAAUAAUUCCUGUUCUUGACUUGAAGAGAAUGGACCCGAGGGGGGGGGGACCUCCCCACCUCCCAGCCUGCACUUCGGAGGGGAGUGGUAGCUGCUAGAUGAAAUCAGGUUAUGGGAGACGAAGGAGAUAAUAGCCUUGUGAGAGGGGGCAGGGUUCUGACUGGGGAGUACGGGUCCCAUUCUCUGCCUUCAGUUGCUGCCUCUGACCUCCGAAGCUCAGCCCUCUCCUCUCUCCUCAGUGGUGACAAGAUAUCAAUAAACUUAUUUUUCAUACAAUUACUUGAGACUCAGGCCUGGGAAUCCAGCCCUGACAGCUGCCACGCCCCUUCCCAGGACAGACCACGCCCCUUGGUGGUGGAAGCUGCUGAUUGGUUGGUUUUCAAGCCUUUAUUUUCCUUAUCUAUCAGUUUAGCCUGGCUUGGGGGUGGCACUUGCUUCUGAUCCCAGGGCUUGAGAUGUUGAGGUAGGAGAGUGGAGAGUUCGAGGCAGGCCUGGGUUGCAUAGCCCUCUCCUCACCCUCAC